AAUUCCGCUUCCGGCGACUCCAGCAGUUCCGCCAUGGCCGCUGCAGAGGCGAGUCGUACUCCGCUCAGGUCUCGACGAGAGCCGGAGGGUCGCGCCCAGCGACGGGACAAGUACUCGGUGCUUUUACCCACGUAUAACGAGCGCGAGCACGCAGCAAGAUAUACCGACGCCAGCACCCUGCCGCUCAUCGUGUGGCUCCUGGUGAAAAGCUUCUCCGAGAGUGGAAUCAACUAUGAAAUUAUAAUCAUAGAUGAUGGAAGUCCAGAUGGAACAAAAGAUGUUGCUGAACAAUUGGAGAAGAUCUACGGGUCAGAAAAAAUCCUUUUGAGACCACGAGAGAAAAAGUUGGGACUAGGAACUGCAUAUAUUCAUGGUAUGAAACAUGCCACAGGGAACUUCAUCAUUAUUAUGGAUGCAGAUCUCUCACACCACCCGAAAUUUAUUCCUGAAUUCAUUAGGAAGCAAAAGGAGGGUAAUUUUGAUAUCGUUUCUGGAACUCGCUAUAAAGGAAAUGGAGGUGUAUAUGGCUGGGAUUUGAAAAGAAAAAUAAUCAGCCGUGGAGCCAAUUUUAUAACUCAGAUUUUGCUGAGACCAGGAGCAUCUGACUUAACAGGAAGCUUCAGAUUAUACCGAAAAGAUGUUCUGCAGAAGUUAAUAGAAAAAUGUGUUUCUAAAGGCUAUGUCUUCCAGAUGGAGAUGAUUGUUCGGGCAAGACAAUUGAAUUACACUAUUGGCGAGGUUCCAAUAUCAUUUGUGGAUCGUGUUUAUGGUGAAUCCAAGUUGGGAGGAAAUGAAAUAGUCUCUUUCUUGAAAGGAUUAUUGACUCUCUUUGCUACUACAUAAAAUAAAUU